GUGAUGUGAAGUUGCCUAUAUUUUAGUUUAACCACAAACGAUUUGUCAGUGCUCGAUAACACAAUGGCCGAAGUUUACAUAGCAGAUGACGAGACAGAAAAAUUUCUUGUGCAGAAUCUUUCGAAAAAAUUCCUUAAAUAACUGCUUUUAACAUUACAGGGAAAGACGUUGGACGCUAACAAGUACGCUACUAAGAAAACCAUUGCCUAGGGAAUGCUGGACAUUGCAUUACUGAUGGCGAACGCUUCUCAAUUAAAAUAUGUUUUGCAACUGGGACAUCGGCACGAAUUCUAUCACUUAAUGGUCUCUUUGAUCGCCUCUUCGAUUGUUCUUCAGAUUGUCGUCGGAAUUUUGGCUCUCACCCUGAAUAUGAUGCGCGACUGCCGUCUCCACAUCCAAGAGUACCGGUUCUCGGCCUUGGCUCUGAACUACAUCAACUUGGGCAGCGUCUUCGUCAUUACUGUCUUGAAUAUUCUGGUUGCCGCUUUCGACCCCGUAGCCGUCGUUUUAUAAAAUGCUAAAGAACUAAAGAGAAAGUGAAGGAUGAAGGGAAAAUGUCAAACAGUCUUGCU